AAUAACUCUCAGUGCAAUGUCUCAGACUGACACAUGCAAUGCGUUAUUAUACAUAGGCACAUCAUAUUCAAAUAACUUUCAGCCAGUAAAGAAGAAAAAGAGAUAGUGAAAUAGAUAUAGGCUACAUUUCCUGACGGAAAUAAAAUAAUUAAAUUAACUAAACUAAAAGAAACUAGAGUUGUUCUGCUUUAUUGACUCAAGAUGCUCACAGACAUGAUGAUAGAAGGAGAAUUUGAUAUGAAAGAGGAAGAACCCUGGUAUGAUCAUCAAGAUCUGGAACAUGAUCUUCAUUUAGCUGCUGAAUUGGGUAAAAAUUUGCUGGAGCAGAACAGAGACUUAGAGCAGACCCUCCAACAGAUGCAGGAGACUCACCAGGACCAGCUGCAGGAGAUAGAGUAUCUUUCUAAGCAGGUCGAUGUGCUGAGGUCAGAGAACGAUCAGCUCGCCCGAGUCUCUGAGCAGCUCGACUCGACGGCACGGGAUCUCGAGCUGAGGAACCGGAGGCUGGAGCUGGAGAACCGAGCGGCCCAGAUCAACAUCCAGGGGCUCACAGAGACGGUGGACGCGCUGCAGACUCAGAUAGAGGAGCUGCAGAGAGACAUGAAGAGCCUGAAACACACCCGGUCUAAUGCACAUCUGGAUUCACCACUGCAGGGACUCACAUGCUGCAAGUGUCGAUUACACAAGCCCAUUUCCCAUGAGCUCUCCACUUCCAGAGUGAACCAAGAGGAACAGGAGGAGUUCUGGGAGCUCGUGCGCUCGUCCCGUUCCCUGCAGGCCCAGUUGCUCACGGAGCGCGCUCAGAGAGCGUGUGCUGAGCGAGAAGCCCAUGUUCUGGCCCGCGAGCUCAGCGACCUGGAGCCCAAAGCGGCGCUGAUGGGAGUUUACAAGAGCCGGCUCACCGAGACCGAAGCCGAGGUCCGGGAGCUACGACUUCUGCUGAGCUCCAGCGCACAAAAACACAACGAGCCCCUCACAGUGGCGUAUGAUGAUGAAGAAGUGGGCGUGGCCAGACACAGGGGGCGGAGCCUGCACGAGCAUCAUGGGAUAUCUCUGCUGAACGAGAUGGACGCGCAAUAUAUCGCCCUGAAGGAGAAAUACGACACGCUUCUGCGCCGCUGCGAGGACGAGACACACAAAGCUCAAACACACACACACACUCAGCCCGCAUACAAAGCCCUGUUUACUGAGAUUUUCAGCUUCAUUAAAAAGAGCAAAGAGGACCUGAAGGAAAACAGGACCACGCCCGAAUGAGGCACUGAUUUGCAUAUUUACAGAUUUGGAAAAUAAAAAAAUAUAUGUACAAACAAUUUUCGCUCAGAAAUGAAAUUUCACAAAUAAAUUGUCCGACAGAACCGGGACGUUUUAAUGAAAUGCACUUUGAAAACAUUUCUGAACGUCACUGUAAAAAUAAAUGCGCUUCUGUAAACUGAAAGUGCUGUAGCUGACUUCUGAUGCUCAUAUUUUGUGUUUUAUAGUGGAUUAUAUUAUAUUAAUGAUCUAGGAAUGAUAUAAUAAAUGAUCUUGUAAAUGUAAUGUGUCCUUUGAAAAUCACCUUACCCAGAAACAAUUAUUUAUUAAAAAUCAUUGUAAAUUAAAGGCAAGAUCUACACAAAUAUUAAAUAAAUACUUUUACAAUUUAAAUCUAGAAUUGGUCUGUAAUGUGAAAAUAAUGUAAUGCAAAGAUAAUUUGUAAUGCAAAACUUUAUUCAUUUGGAAUAUUGGGAAAACAAAGCGUUCCAGCACUUUUUUUUAGUAAUAAUUGAUCAGUGCAUGACAUGUGUUGCAUCAUCUUUUAAAGGAAAAACUAUUAUCUUGCAGCUAUCAGUUAUUUGCUCAGAUGUUUUAUUGGCGUGUGAACUUUGUGAUUAUUAGUUCAUGUGUCUCAAGUCAUCGUCAUUCAUCUUGAACUGUGUGUUUGCAUCACUGCAUGUGACCUUUCCCCUUUAUCAGCGAUGCAAACGAGGAGCACAAACUCUAUUUCACAUAGAAAUGGACUUGAACCCAGAGGGAGACUGUCACUUUUGGACGCUGGACAUCAGAGAACGAAACGCUGCGUCUAAUCAAAGCCUUUGAUAAGAUUUGAGUGACAUCAGGCUUUAUCAGCCAGACUGAGAGAGAACAGGACAGAUGCUUCGUCUAUUAUCGCCAACACACCCGACUAGAUUAGAACUGGAGUUUGCACUUUGUUCAUUAUGUCAUGUUUGUGUUUUCACCGUUAUACGGCAGGGGGCGCUAUUACGCAUAUUCUGAAAAAGGACCGAAUAUCCGGAUGAAAUCUCGUUACAGCAGAUUCAGGUUGGCUUUCAAAAAAUAUCAUUUUUCUAAAAUAAAA